UCAUGUCACAGUAAGAGCUGAUACAACAGAGGAAUAUUAGAUAGUGUUGUCCUUGUUCGAGAGGUGGAUCAACACACUUGAAAAGCAACUGCUGUGAAUGAGGAUUAGGAGCACUGUCACAGGCCUCAUCACUGGUCUGGGAAGAAGACAGCAGCGCACCAUUGGAUGUUGGGUUCCUCGGACCGGACAACGAAUCUUCUCCUGUGAUGCUUGCAGUCAGCAGAUCCAGGUCUCUUUACCAGAGACUAAACAAUGAUAUCAAAGACCGACUUGCUGCCAGCUCCUUGAGUCUCCACACUGCAGCCAGCACAAUGGUGAACUUUCUCAGGGAUGUGGACCCAGUGGUCUUUGCCAUCAGGAGAGGGGAUGUGGAGGCUGUUAAUGAUCUGGCAACCUCUGCUCCUCACAGCCUGCUGAAGGAGAACAAAGAUGGGUGGAUACCUUUGCAUGAUGCUGCCUACUGUGGACAGGCUGAGUGCCUGAAGACCCUGCUGAGGGCACAUCCAGGUUCAGUAGACAAACGUACCUUGCAGGAGCAGACGGCCUUGCUCCUCGCUGUGUCUUGUGAACAUUUGUCAUGUGUGCGGUGCCUUCUGGAGGCUGGUGCUGACCCCGACAUCAGCAGCAAGAACAAAGAAACCCCUUUGUACAAAGCAUGUGAGUUGGAGAAUGUGGACAUGGUGAGCCUUAUUCUGUUCUAUGGGGCCACUGUGAACCAGCGGUGUGGUCAGGGCUGGACAGCCCUUCAUGAAGCUGUAUCCAGGAACAACACAGAGAUCUGUGAGAUGUUAACAAGAGCUGGGGCUGCAAUCAAUCCACCUAAUACCUACAGCAUCACACCACUCACUGUAGCAGCUCAGCAAGGACAGAUGAGGGCACUGUGUUACCUGAUUGGAAAAGGUGCAGAUGUGAACAUGCAGACGUGUGACGGUGUUACAGCCCUGCAUGAGGCCAGCAAAAAUGGCCACAAGGAAAUCGUAGCAGUGCUCUUGACAAAAAACGCAGAUGCCAACAAACCCACCAACUCAGGACUGCUGCCCCUGCAUCUUGCUGCCCAGCAUGGACACCACGAGAUCGUGUCCCUGCUUGUCUCAGUGACGAGUCGAGCCAUGCUCCGGCACAGUUGGAUCAGCCCCCUCCACCUGGCAGCAGAGCACAACAGACACACUGUGGCAGCUGUGCUUCUGAGGACAGGUGCGGAUGUAAAUGCCACACUGGCCCACAGUCACUCCAUCCAAUACUCUGAUCGACGCGCAACAGCCCUCUACUUUGCUAUUGCCAACGGCAGCACCAAGACAGCAGAGGUGCUGCUGAACGCUGGCGCUAGUGUGAGCCUGGACCCAGUCAGCCCUCUGCUAAUGGCUGUACGUCAGGGCUGUGUCAGCACCGUGUCUUUACUGCUGGAGAGAGGGGCCGAUGUCAACGCCAGAAUCCCGUCUUAUGCCACCACGUUCCCUGCUGUCAUUGCACUUUGCAUGAACAAUCUGCCUCUGCUCAAAUGCCUUUUGGACAAUGGCUGUGAUGCCUUCUCCUGCUUUACCUGUACAUACGGCAGUGCCCCUCACCCAACUUCAGGAGGAUCCCAUAUAAGAACUGUUAGCAGCAAUGGAUAUGUUUCACAGAAUGACAGUAUACUUCCUUUAAACUGCUGUGAGCCAACAGAAAGAGCAACACAGUUCUGCGAGUGGAUCUCAACACCAGUUAUGUGUAAAUGGGCAGGACCAAUCAUAGACCUGCUGCUGGAGCAUGUCGGUCAUGUUCAGCUGUGCAGCAAGCUCACUGAACUACUGGACAGCCGAGAAGAAUGGCUCGCUGUUAAGAGGAAGUCAAUGUCACCUCGUCCACUCCUGCAUCUCUGCAGAUUAAGGAUUCGGACCCAAAUGGGGAGACAGAGACUGAAAUCUCUAACAAGUCUACCUUUGCCAGACAGAGUGAUCCGAUACCUGAGCCUGGCUGACUGACUGUAAGAUAAACUUCAAGUAAUAUACGCAUCAGAGAUGUGACUAAAUUUAUCUUUUUGUGGUUCUUUUUUUAGUUGCGUCUGAAAUCUUGUAUCUGUACAUGGUCGUCCAAAGCAACUGCAACUGUCUGUGUAUAAAAUACCUCUUUAUAGCAUAUGUAAUGUGACAAUAAGUAUUCUUUAAU